GACUGACAAAAUCUGUUUCUGCACGGAAUGUUUUUUGUUGAUGCACGCGUUGCUGCGGUCUGCUUUCUGUCGGCUUGUUUCGAAAAAAAAGCGGAAAGGUUUCAACUGGACUCAAUGGUUUCGUAGUUUUCGUUUUUUGUUUUGGUAAAAUGGUUGACUGGAGUCCGAUAGCGAAGGUGUUCGACCCGCUGAAAGCUGGCAGCAUCGACAGCACGGACGUGGAGCCCCAUGACCGGGCGGUGUGGAGGGCUAUGGGGGCCCGAUAUAAACCCAACAAAGGUGUUGUUGGGGACCCGCUGCUCACCCUGUUUGUGGCUCGUCUAAACCCGCAGACAACAGAAGACAAACUGCACCAAGUGUUCUCAAAGUAUGGAGACAUCCAGAGAGUGCGACUGGUCCGGGACAUCGUCACAGGCUUCUCCAAAGGGUAUGCCUUCAUUGAGUAUAAGGAGGAGCGGUCCAUCGUCCGAGCCCGCCGGGACGCCAACAAGCUGGUGGUUGACCAGCAUGAAGUGUUUGUGGAUUAUGAACAGGAGAGGACCCUCAAGGGGUGGGUCCCUCGGAGGCUCGGCGGCGGACAGGGAGGGAAGAAAGAGUCCGGACAGCUGCGGUUCGGCGGCCGGGACAGGCCUUUCCGCAAACCCAUUAACCUCGGGGUGGGUCCGGUGCAGGAGUGGGGAGGCGGAGGCGGAGGCGGAGGUGGAGGUGGAGGUGGAGGGAGGGAGUGGGACAGACAAGAGGGCAGAGACAGGGAGGAUCGGGACCGACACAGAGAGGCCGAGUGGGGCGGCAGAGGGAGGAGAGACGACCGGGACAGAGGCAGAGAGAGGGAGGACCGCAGACAGCGGGACCGGAGCAGGCACCGGGAGAGGAGAUAAUAACAUGAGAAUAAUCUCAUCUGCUUUAGAAGAAAACUGUGAAACAUUGAAUCCAUUUUUUUUUGUAUUAUAUCUUUGCUUGAAUACAGUUUAUAACUUCUGUACAUUUUAUUUUAAAUCGCUGUUACUACAACUUAUUUAUUUUUACUUUUACUUUUUUUUGUACUUUUCUACUCUUUUUUUUUUUUCUUACAACGCUAGUCUAUUUUAUAUAUAAUUUUUUUACUUUUUUUUGUAGAAGCUGACUCAGGGAGAAACGCACAAGAAUUCCAAUGUACCUGUAUUGUCCUGUACCUGUGCAAAUGGCAAUAAACAUCUAUUCUAAAUCAUCUGGCUGUCUCGGUUUAAAACCAAGUGGAGCAAAUAAUGAGUGUAUAAGUGGACUGAAUGCAGGGGGCUGGCUAUGGAAAGUUGAGCUUUUCAGUUAUUGCUUUCUCGUGAUAUAUAUCCUCUAUGUGGAUAAUGACAAGUUUUAUUGUUUGAUUUUAAGAGACUGUGUUGAGGAGUUAACCUGAAGUGUCGCUUUCAUCUUGUAAUGUUGUGAUUUCUCUGGGAGUUUUUACCUAUCACACUCCUAUGUUGUGUACAUUUAGCAGUCAAUAUGUUACAAUAAAUUAUUUUAUCACGGUGAAUUUUUGUUUUAACCCUGAGACAGCAAAGUGCCUUUCAACAAGUGAAUUCAGCCGAAGAGACAGAGUGUCCUAAUUUUUGUUCUAAUAGCUUAAAUGCCUCCUAUAUUUUAAUAUUCAUUUUACACUGUUAAAGAGCAACAUGUUGGUUUUUUUUU